AUGAUCCAGGCGGCCAAGAUACUCGAACAGAGGAGCCAUUUGGUUCCAGGGAAACUCAGAAUCACGGAACACUUCUUCCAAGUACCGCGGGACUACUCCAACCCUGCAUCUGGCACCAUCGAGCUUUUCGCGCGCUCAGCCCGGAAAUUCGAGAGACCAGCCGUUGAAAAACCAGAGGAUCCCAAAUCCCAACCCCCCUGGAUCGUGUACCUCCAAGGCGGACCUGGAUUCCAAUGCGGCCAACCCCAGGACUUUCGAUUCACGGACAACCUCCUCGAAAAGGGGUACCAAGUGCUGUGUCUGGACCAGAGAGGGACCGGCUUGUCGACUGCGAUAUCCGAGUCCUCGCUUCAGCUCAGGGGAAUGGAGGAUGUGCAGACCAAUUAUCUGAAAUCGUUUCGUGCCGAUUCAAUCGUUAAAGACUGCGAAGCCAUUCGUCAAGCGCUCACGGCGGAGUACCCUGACGACCAGAAGAAAUGGAGUAUCAUGGGCCAGAGCUUUGGCGGCUUCUGCUGCACGACGUAUCUGAGCUUCUAUCCCGAGGGCGUGAAGGAGGCAUUCAUCUUUGGUGGCCUCCCGCCGGCAAGGGACGGCCCUGAUGAGGUCUAUGAGCGGCUGUAUAGACGAGUCAAAGAACGAAAUGUACAGUAUUAUCAGAAAUUCCCCGAGGACGUCGAACGUGUCAAGAAGAUUGUCAAGUUCCUUGGGCAAAAUGGCGACACCACGGUUCGCGUGCAAGGCGGGGAGGGCUAUCUGACGGCCCGUCGUUUCCUCCAGCUGGGCUUGAUGUUCGGAGGACAUGGUGGUAUAGACACUGUCCACGACCUGGUCUUGAAAGCAGAUACGGACCUGAGACAGUUCGGACACCUCACCCACCCUACCAUCACGGCCAUCGAAGCAUGCCAGAGUUUCGACUCGAACGUGCUCUACGCUCUCCUCCACGAACCCAUCUACUGCUCCGGCCCAGGUCAAGCAUCCAACUGGUCCGCCCACCGCAUGAUGCAGAAAUAUCCAGACUUCAUCCCCGACCCAUCCCGCGAUGCACCCAUUCUCUUCACAGGCGAGAUGAUCUACCCCUUCAUGUUCGACUGCUAUCCCGAGCUCCGGAAGCUGAAACAAGUGGGCGAGAUGCUCGCUAGCACGAGCGACUGGCCGAAACUGUACGACUGGGAGCAGUUGGCCAGGAACGAGGUCCCUGUCUACGCGGCUGUCUACUACGACGACAUGUAUGUGGAUUUCGACCUGAGCAUGGAAACGGCGAGCAAGAUUAAGGGAUGCAAAACGUUUGUUACGAAUGCCAUGUAUCAUAAUGCUGUGCGCGCGAAGUGGCACGAGGUCAUGGCGGGCGUGUGGGCGCUGAGGGAUGAUGUGAUUGAUUGAUGAUUGAUCCGGCAUGGAUCCCGAGAAUUGAGAUAUCAUCCUUUCUCCUUCGAGCGCUGCUGGGUAUGACCACAGUAGGCUUUACUUUCACCGUUUCUUUGCAGUUGUGGUCAUUCUAUCUAUCUAGUCUUGGCGAUGUGAGUUGUCCGACUAAACAUCCCACUGCAUCCCACUGUGGAUUAGAUUCCUAGUCUAGCGCAAGGUAAUCAGCAACAAUCCGUCUAGGCCAUCGGAAGGUUGGCCUCAACCCGUAAUAUACCUAGACAGAGUGUCUAUGACAUCAAGUUAC